GACCAUAGAGAGUAGAUCCACAAUCACCAGAAACAUCCCUUUAACAAAUCAGGCUGGUGUGGAAGUCAACCGACCCAGUCCUCUACAGGAGCGAGGAAGCAGAUUCCCUUCCAGAGCCUUCCCAAGCUGACCUUCAAGUUCGGCAUCUAGAGAGUAAAAAGCAGGAGCAAGAGCAGAUCCUUAGGGUGAGCAGGAUUGUGCCACGGAGCUCAAUUGUGCUUUGCGGGGUAUCAAAGCCGCCUUUGAUUUCCUGUGACUUCAGAAAAUUGCGUACGAUGUUCUGUGGCUUGCUCUGGCCUUCCUGCAACAAUACCUCCAGUCUGCACAGGGUCGCUUAGACCUUCGUGCAGGCCACAGACGCAACUCUCUGGAGCCUUUGGAAGGGUGAGCGCAGCGGGUGGCGCUAAAAGGACAACCAUGAGCCAAUUUCGUGCUACCCCGUCCUGCCCCUGGCCCCUUCUGAGCAAGAAGGAUGUUGAGGAGGCUUCGCCAAGUCGUAAGGAGGGCAUGACUUACGCGAAGGAAAUGUCCUUUGUGAGAUCCAUGUGUGAGCUCAUGAAGAAGAUAGGCGCCAGUAUGAAGCUGACUCGAGCGGUGGCCACUGCCAUCGUUUUUGCGCACCGCUACUAUGCGAUGAAGAGCAUGCAGAAGAAUGACCGCUUCAUAAUCUCUGCUGCAUGCCUCUUCCUGGCUGGCAAAGUGGAGGACGAGCCCCGCGCGCUUUCAGAUGUUGCUCAAAACUCCUUCAAGAUGCG